CACAGCCGUGGUCCUCAAUUUGGGCUCAUGACACAUCAACCUCACGGUGCACAGAAAGUCUUGGGAUAUGGAGAAACGAAGAAGCCAAAAGUGGGCAGUUUACAUACUUUUUCUUUGUACGUGAUCUGACUCCUACCACUGUUAUCUGAACGGUGGAAAUUUCCUACGUUGAAACGUAAUGCAAGAUCAGAAGAAAAUCUUGACUUUUACAAAAAAGACCUGUUGUCCUAAUUGGAUAGGAGCAACUUUGGAAAGUGCAGAUAAGGGAAAAAUAAGUUUUUCCCUCUGGUUCAGCAAUUUUACAGCCAUAAAUUGAGAUGUUUCUUCCAGAAAGGCACACACACAGGUAUAGAUCACCAAAAUAUCCAGAAACUGCGAGCUGAGGCAGCUCGGUACAAGCAGGCCAUGAGCAUCUCCUUCUCCGUCCUGCUCACCUUCCUGGCGCUGCUGGCCUGCCAGGGCCACGAGGCCGCGGUGCUGGAGCGCUCGAUCUUUCUGAAGGAGAGCAUCCGGCUGCUGGGCGAGAUCCUCUCGACGCAGGUUUCCUGUGACAAGACGAACGUGACAAAUGUUUUUGAAGGCAAUGAGGCAGACACCGACAUGGAGAUCCUAUGCAAAGCCUCCACGGUUGUUUUCGAGAGCCUGGGCUGCCACAAACAGCUGAAGGGCAUCUACCUCAACUUGCUGCGCAUCGUGACAGAGAAGAGCGCCGGCCGCAAGGCACCGUGUCCCGUGGCAGCAGGCAACACUACCUCACUGCAGGAGUUUCUAGGGGGCCUACACAGAGCCCUCCAACGAGUAGCAAAAGAGAAUUUGUGA